CUUCAUGAAUAUGAAAAAAGAUAGGAAAGGGUGCAGGUACCAUAUUGGCAGGUACCAGCUGCUUUAUUUAAAGUUAAAAUCAUACAAAUCACCAGGAUUAGAAAUGUCGGUGGAUAUCAAACCAAUCCUAAAAGUGGAACUGAAACAAGAAGAUGAACACCUUAAUUCAUCCUUUGAGAGAAACAUUUUUUACUGCUUAAGCAACGAUCCGAACAAACCAUGCCACAUCUUAACAUUCCGAGAAAUCACUUUGAUGCUCGACUGCGGCUUGUCCAUGCAAUCUGUAUUGAAUUUUUUACCUUUAUCCUACGUCUACUCAAAUCGCUUACACAAUCUACCCGUAUGGAUGCCAAACGACGGUGGUGAUACUGACGUCGAGGGGGAGCUACGGGAGAAUGGGGACCGUAUAUUUAUCGAUUCGCUUCCGGAAUUUUGUCCGCCGUUAGACAAGCUAAUCGAUUUUGCCCAAGUUGACGUUAUCCUGAUUUCGAAUUACCUCUGCAUGAUGGCUUUACCUUUUAUAACGGAAGGUACCGGUUUUCAAGGGAAGGUGUAUGCCACUGAGCCCACCUUGCAAAUUGGGCGGCUACUGUUAGAAGAAUUGGUGACGCACAUCGAGCAAUGUCCCAAGGCUAACUUUGCAUCACAGUGGAAAAAUAUUGUUCACAAACUUCCCUAUCCUUUAAACGAGUCGUUUAAGCCGAAAUCGUGGAGGCAGAUUUACAACAUGGCAAACGUCAACGAAAGUCUCUCGCGUAUUCAAAUGGUGGGGUACAACGAGAAAAUUGACAUCUACGGCGCAUUGCAAGUUUUGCCCACCAGUUCCGGCUACAAUUUGGGCUCCAGUAAUUGGAUAAUCACGUCGGAUCACGAAAAAGUCGUCUACCUCAGCGGAUCCAGCACACUAACGACCCAUCCGAGACCUAUGGAUCAUCACGCGCUAAAAAAUGCGGAUGUGUUAAUUAUGACAGAUCUAACACAAACUCCCAUUAGUAACCCGGACUCGAUGCUCGGACUGCUCUGCGUGGUCGUCAGUCUCACUUUGAGGGGUGGAGGUAACGCGUUAAUACCGUGCUAUCCGUCUGGUGUGAUUUAUGAUUUGUUCGAGUGUCUGUCGAUCAAAAUGCAAGAUUUGGGAGUGCAAAAUUGCCCGAUGUUUUUUAUUUCGCCCGUUGCCGAUAUGUCGCUCGCGUAUUCGAACAUUUUGGCCGAGUGGCUGUCGUCGGCCAAACAAAAUCGGGUCUAUGUACCCGACGAGCCAUUUCCUCACGCAUUGCUGCUGAAGAAUUCCAAACUGAAACAUUUUAAGCAUAUCUAUUCCGAAGGUUUCAGUACAGAUUUUCAGGAGCCUUGUGUAGUUUUUUGCGGUCAUCCGAGUCUACGCUUCGGCGACGUUGUCCAAUUCAUCGAAUUAUGGGGAAACAAUCCACGCAAUUGCAUCGUCUUCACAGAACCCGACUUCGAUUACAUCGAGGCGCUUGCGCCCUUCCAACCUAUCCAAAUGAAGGUCGCCCAUUGCGCGAUCGACACCUCCCUCAACUUCACCCAGGCGAACAAGUUAAUCAAGGACCUCAAGCCGACGACCUUGGUCGUGCCCGAGUGCUACACGCAGCCGCCCGUGUCGGCGCCGACGCUAACGGAACUGGUGAUCGAGAACAACUCCGAUAGGACCCUUAUACCGUACAAGUGGGGCGAAGUGAUCAACCUACCGCUGAAACGAAAACAGGGGCAAAUUAUUAUGGAGACCGAGGUGGCGCAGAAGAUCAAUCCGAUUGAAGUCAAAACGGGUAUCAGCCUAUCUGCUUUGAGCGGAGCACUCACCAUUAAAGACAACGUGCAUAACAUGACGAGUUUUGACGCAGGGGGCGAGAAUAAAUUACAAAAGGGGACACAUUACGAAUGGGGUUUGGUAAAUGUGACUGAGUUUCUGCAAAAGUUAGCGCAGGAAGGCAUUAUCGAUGCCAAAGUUGAGCCAAGCGGAAAUGGCGUUAUGAUACAUUUGGUGAGUUUUGUUAUACAGGGUGUCCCAACUGAAAUUUACUUAUUAACCAAAGAAAUACGUCAAAUGUUGAUUUCCAUAUUAAGAUUGAGAUUAAGAUUUUUGGGAGUAUAAAUUUUAGUUGGGACACCUUGUAUAUUCUGGUG